AUGGCUUCCACUAGAAACACUGUUUGGGUCGUGACUGGCGGCAACAGAGGCAUUGGCCUUGGUCUCGUCAAAGCUCUCCUUGCUCGCCCCUCCAUCACCGUCAUUGCAACUGUUCGUAAUAAACAAGCCCGCUCAGCUAUUAGGAGCGCUGUUGCAGAUCUUCCCAAGGGAGACGGCACGGCCUUCAGCAUCAUCCAGCUUAACUUCGCUACUGCCCUCGGCCCUAAACAAAUUCGCAACGCAUUUAAUAUUAAUCAUGUUGACUUAUCUGCACUAAAUGUAGUCAACGUCUCGUCUUCUGUUAGCUAUAUUAGCUAUUAUGAAGUUAUUGCUGGUAUAUAUAGGCCUAGUAAGGCUGCGUUAAACUGGCUUAUGCGCGCUCCUUAUCUGCAGAAUAAAGGGCUUAUUGCUUUUGCACUCUAUCCUGGUUUUAUUACUACAGAUAUAGGGAAGUCUGCUGCUAUAAAUGUUAAAGGAGCCGUAAAAGGAAGUCUUAAGAUAAUUGACAGCGCUACACGGGAGGCUGUUUCAGGCAAGUUUGUCAGUUACAAAGGACAGGAGCUUCCUUGGUAG